UUAAAUGGGGAACGAGGGAGAAGGAAGCUAGUCUAACAGCAAGGACUGCUUUAGGAGUUCAUACACAGCUGCCUGAGGUUUUGCAUUAAAUCCCUGCCUUUAUUUCAGGCCAUCAGCAGAACCCCUCAAGAACCCUAUAACUGCCCUGGGAGAGAUUUUGCAAGGCAAGAGCUGAGCUUGGUAGGAAGCAGUAUUGAGGAGUUAAAGGGACUGUAAAACAUAACUCACUGGGAGGGUAGAGCCAUCCCGAGGGCUUCAGGCCCUGGGGGAAAACCCCAACAGCAUCCUGACCCCAUCACAGGGGGGUUCCCCAGUUUCCUGCUGACUUCCUGUGCCAGUGACCCCCCCGCAUCCCCCUCUACCCGGUACCUGUGGCAGUUUGGGGUCGUUGAUGUCCCAGGAAGAAGAAAGUGAAAAAUGGGGUAAAGAAAUGGAUGACAUGGCAGCUAGAGCAGAAGACUAUCUUGAAUCGCUUCUCACUGAUGCUUUCAAGGGGAAGGGAUUUCAGAAAAUAAGUGAUCUGCUUCAAGAGAGAGGAAUGGAGCCUUUCCAGAAAUACAGCGAGUCUGUCUUUGUCCAGCUGGACAAAGCACUGCGAAAGGAGCUGGACAAGAAUGAAUUCCACAAUGUCUCCCUGCUGCUGAAGUGUGUGCAGCUCUACUUGAAAAGCGAUCUUCAACAGGGGAUGAGUUUGUUCAUCGAGCAAGGACUGGUAGACAAGCUGGUAUCCUGGUUUGAAAGAACAAGAGGGUUUGUGAUCCUCAUUGAUCCAAAUGAAAAUCAUUUUUUGAUGGCACUUCUUGAAGACUUCUUUGACUCUGCAUUGGUGAUAUGUAAAUGCAGUAAUGAAGGGAAGAAACAACUGGUGAAUUUAUUUCUGCCUGAGCUAGGGCAUCUUGUGACAGAAGCAAGCAUUUGCUGCGCUCUGCGGCUGGAGGCUUUGAGGACUCUCAACUCUAUACUAGACAGCGUCCCACGUGAGGAGAGGAAGAAAUUCCCCUUGUCUGAAGAGAUGUGCUCCCUUACGAAUGACCUUGCACAAACGAUACUGGAGGUUGGUGAUUAUGACCUUCAGGUUACGCUUUCAGAAGCACUUUGUAGGCUAAUGACAAAAAAAUGGAGAGAUGACCUUGUUCACCACUGGUUUGAAGAUAACUAUCUUGCUGAAGCUUUCAAAGAGAUCAAGGAUAGAGAAUUUGAGACGGACUGCAGGAAAUUUCUUAACCAGCUAAAUGAAAGACUUGGGGAUGACAGAAGAGUCUAUUCGUUUCCUUGCAUAUCUGCCUUUGCUGACAUGAACCAGGUGAAGAAGCCAUCAGAUGAGAAGCUGGAGGAGUUCUGGAUUGACUUCAACACCGGCAGCCAGAGUGUGACUUUUUACAUAGAUGGUACUGAGGGUGCUCUCUGGGACUCCGUGAGGCUGUCGAAAGACGCAGUCAGCAGUUACAGUCUGAAGGAGGGUGGUGGAGAAAAGAUUGUUAAAAUUUACAUGAAGACUCCUGCUACUCUUAACAAGACAGAGGCAACAAAAAUCAAAAUAUGUUUCAGUGCUGAGCAUGACAUUUUAAAUAUACUUAAAAAAGUCCUUGGAGAAGAAAAAAUGAUGACAAAUGUUGCUGAAGAGGACACUAUCCAUAGUGGGAAGAAAGCUGGUCAGACUGAAGCAGUGACACCUCAAUCCAGUGAUCCACAGAAGAGGAAAGAUCCUUCAGUCUCUGAAAAUGCGGGCUCCCUGUCAGAAGACUUAUUUUCUCAACACAACCAGUCAUUAGCAGGCAGUGUAGCAGUCUCUAAACAGAAAAUGGUUAACUCUGGUAUCACCAUGGUUUCAGUGGGCCAGCAGACUGACAUGGACGAUGCUUACCAAGGUUCAGCUCCUGAGGGUGAAGCUGUGGUUUCCUUGCCUCCUUCAGCAAAAAAGUCUAAAACUCCAUCUCCAAGGACAAAAGCUAAGCCUAGUGAGAAGCCCCUAGAAGAACCACCUAUGGAGGAGUCAACACCAAAGAAGGACAAUGCCUGGGAAAGGAGAAAUGGAAAAAAAGGCUUGGCCAAACAGAAAACUGAAGGCAGGAACGAUUCCUAUGACUUUGAAAGCUCAGACUCUGCAAGCCAUGAAAAGGUUGCUGAAGCCAAAGGAAAGCUUUUUGGCCAGAAAACUUCUUCACAGAAUUUGAGGAAGCAUCUUUUUUCUGGAAGCAACCAUGAAAAAACAAGUAACAGUCAGAGUGAAAAAAGCUGGAUCCUUAACUCUCAGAAACAGCCGUUGCCAAAAUCUCUUGACUAUACUCGAAAAAGGCGUAGAGUGAGGAGCAAAUUAAAAGUACUUCCAGUGUCUUCUGCAAGUAGUGGCAGUGACUACCAGAUACAGGAGCUAAAAGAAAUCCGAAGAGAUCAAAAGGAAAUGCCAAAGAAAAAAAGCACAUCCACCUCCAAGGGAGAUGAGUUACCUACAGUGGAUCUUGCUGGUGACGUGCUCUCAGAGGAGCUUGAAGUGGCACCACUGUCCCUGGAUACAUCUGCUGAGGGCCUCUCCAACGUGGAGGAGAAAGCAACACAGAAGUUUCACAAUGCAUCUGACAAACUUUCAAAAGAAGAAAGUUUUAAGCGGAAGGACUCAGAUGUAUUAAGUGGCACUGUUGGGAAGAAGCCCAAGUUUUACAGUCAGGAAACAAAACGCUUGUUCUCUGGUGCUCCCUGUACACCAAAGAAACUAUUUGAUUCAGUCGAGAAGAAAGAAGAGAUGCAAACAGGUCAGGAAAUGGGUGAUGAGGAUGAUGUAUUUUAUUCUGAGAUACGUCAUGAAGAUAUUGUUGCCUCAGGGGUGAUUACUGCAUUUGAAAGCUUCAUCAGCCAACGAAAGAAACUGUUCUGGUCCAGGUACAAAAGGAUGGAGAUGCAUGCCCAGAACGCACUGAGGACUUCUGAGGAGACCAUGUCUAUGCUGCUGAACCAGAUACAUGAGCGCAGACUGAAUAAGCUGGAUGCCUUCCAGAAGACUGUUGUUGAGGAGCUCGCCAGCCUUGAGAGGGAAACCCAAAUCUUGGCGAACAUGGAGAAGGAUGCUAUGGACUUCUGGAACGCCCAGUUACUCAAACUGAAUUCUCUCUUCAACCAGCGGAAUCAAAGAAUUCAGUCUGUUGACUCAGCCCUGGGUGAGGAAGCCUGGAGCUUUUCCAGUAUGAUCCAGGAUCCAGAACACCACAGUAGGUGCUGUGCCCAAACCACUCCAGGCGUGUGACUGUGACAGGAACCAUCACUAUGAACGCCCAAUGAAGAAAGCAGCAGAAAACAAUGUUCGUUGUUCCUUCUGACUAGCAACCCCUGAAUUCACAAGAGCUCUUAAUGUCUGAGCAUCUUACGCCACAUAGAAAAGAUGGUCAUAUGAAGGAUAUGUUAAUCUACUUUAAAUGAAAAGAAAAAUGGGGGGGGGGGGGGCGCAAAUAACAUUUUUUUCACACACAAAAAAAAUCUCAGUAUCAAUGUAGACUGCUUGAAGGUUCCGGUUUUGACUCCUGUGUCGGUAACAUCAAGAUUUUCUCCAAAAUGCAAGACAGGUCCAAUAAAUACCAAAGAAAUAAAAAAAGAACUAAAUAAUAUCGUGGUUUAUCCAACAGCCUGAUAUGCAUUGGCUGUCUCUGAGUACUCUGUUAAUACCCUUAUCAAAUGUAAAAGUACUUUGAUUCUAAGUAAAACACUCCUUGCAUAAGAGAACAAACUCCUCAUUCCUGAAUCGAUGCACUAUGCAUGCCUGUUGAAAGGCACUUUCUAGAGUCCUGUGUAACCUGUGUGGAAU